AUGGAGGGGGGAAGAAGAGAAGCCCUGGGCCGUGGUAGAUUGCCACCCUGCGACUAUAGGCCAUGCUUCGACUGGCAUCUGCAGUACACUGCAUAUCCAUCACAUAUUCACGCGCAAAUGGCGUGCGAGGAGCUGGAGUCUACACGACUUGUCAAGGGCGCUGGUAUCCGACAAUACCAUUCUUCCGCGCCUUCCAAGGUUCUUCGGACACUUGACCGUUUGGAGCAAAACGGGACGGAUAAUAGUCAUGCGGCGUCCUUGGAAAUCGUCAUUCGGAGCUUGGAACUAUCGAGCAUUCCCUAG